GAUAAUUUUUAAAGCAUCCCGCGGAUAUGUUUUUAAUAGACAGCAGGAAGAACUUGAGAAGCACAUUUCUGUUCUCCAAUGAUUUGUAGAAAGGGCUGAUGUUCCUCAUCCUGAGACAGCAUGAGGAAGAACCAUUGAGAGCAUCGUAUAAUCUCAUGUGUUUAUAUUAUACUUUUUCCACCUGCAAUCUAUGAGUGAAUAUUAAGUGUGUGAUAAACGCAUAUUCAGUGUCAGUACCAGAGUCUUUAUGAUUACAGCAGCAAGUCUCAGGUGUAUCCAGAAUGUUGGACCUUUUCUGGAUGUGCAAUGGCCCCUGGCUGCAUUGGUUCCCGUUCGCACCAAGAAGCGUUACUUCAUCCCUCCGGCUGUGGGGCUGAAGGAAAAGUCGCACUCUGAGCAGGAGGCGAAGGCGCGUGCUGCUGGAGUGGUCAUCAGACAGGAGUACAUGGAGAGACCCAUCAACAUCUCAUGCACUGCCGGAGUCUUUGACCCGUACAUCCCUCCCGAGGGCGACGCCCGUCUCUCCUCUCUGUCCAGAGAAGGUCUGAAACAGCGCACGGAGCAGCUCCGACAGAGCGCAGCCUCACAGCUGGCGCUGCGCAAAAUAAAGGAGCACGACCCGGAGUUCUCGAGUAAAACGUUUGCCGUGCGAGCUCAGGAAAUCUUCAUCGAUGCUCAUUUGGCUCUGACACAGUUCGACAAGGGGAGACUCCAUUCUUUGGUGACUGAAAGGUGUUACCCUGAGAUCGUUCGAGGAAACCGGUAUAAAACGCUGCGCUGGCGCUUUGUCGAGUCUCUCGAGCCGCCCCGGCUGGUCCACGCCAGAUGCCCCGACAUGAUCACGAAGGGCAAUUUAUACGGCCAAGUGACCAUCAGGAUGCACUCCAGACAGACUUUAGCGAUAUACGACCGAUUUGGACGCUUAAUGCUGGGAGAUGAAGAAGAGCCCAGGGAUGUUCUGGAGUACUUGGUGAUGGAGAGACACCUGGUGAACCCGUACGGCUUGUGGAGGCUACACGGCAAGAUCGUCCCGGCUUGGGCUCCGCCUAAAGAACCCAUCCUGAAGACUGUUAUGAUCCCCGGCCCUAAGCUUAAACCGGAACAGGAGUUUGAGACUCUUAAUUAUGAGGUGCCACAACCCAAGGCGGUGCAGUGGCACAAAUGAGCCACAGGGUGGCGUGGUCCGACAUCUUUGUACAGAUUUCAUUAUUGUCUUGUGAAAUAAAGUUAAUGUUCCAGAAAA